AGAUGAAACAGUGGUCUCCUGAACAAGGAAUCAGGGCAAUGGUAAAGCGGGUAAGGGAUGUCAGAGGAGUGCGGCCUUGUUACAGAGACGAUGUUGCUAAUAUAAUGAGGUAUAUGGAUGCAAGUGGUCUUCAGAGGAGAUCUCCUGGAAAGAAGAAAAUUCCCCGUCGGAAUUACAUCAGCCGUGGUCCAAAUGACACAUGGCACAUUGAUGGCAAUGAUAAACUGAAGUUCUUUGGAAUGUGGAUACAUUUGGGGAUUGAUGGAUUUUCCAGGAAGGUUCUAUGGCUAAAGGUGGGCACAUCCAACCGCAAACAAAACUUUGUGGCCAGAUACUUCUUUGAGGCUGUUCAAGAACAGGGUGGCUGUCCUCAAAUGAUUCGGGGGGACAGAGGAAAGGAGAACCUUGUUGUGGGUCAAAUGCAGAUGGCAUUUCACAUGCGAGAUCUUGGGAAUCAGGCAUGGAGGUGCUUCAGAAUGGGGACAUCAGUGCACAACCAGAGAGCUGAAUGUUUCAACAGUAUUUUAAAGCGGACAUGGAUUAAGAAAUGGCUGACAACAUUUGAGGCCAUGAUGGAGUCUGGGAUCCUUGAACUGGACAAUCCUGUGCACAUCAACUGCUUGCAGUACUCACACUUGCCACUGCUUCAAAGAGACUUAAAAACGGAGCAAACAGUUUGGAACACCCAUGACAUCCGCAAGCAACGCAAUGCACCUGGUCCAUUUGGGAAACCCGACCUUCUGUUUACCUCACCACCUCCUGGAUAUGGCAAUGUGCUGCACAUUGUUGACCCAGACCUUUUAGACUAUGCCAAGCAAUUAAUCUGUGAGAGGGAAGAGCCUUCACUGGUAGCAAACCAGGAAUUCAGAGACAUGUGCCAGAACAUUUUAGAAAACAGCCAGUUUCCCUGCACACCUGAUGGUUGCCUUGCUGCAUACCUCAUGCUAGUCCAAGAGCUCACAACUGCCAUGAACAGAAAUGCAGUUCCUACACCUUCUACGUUUGCCGAGGCAAAUGACAUAUACAUCUUUCUGAAGAGAGAGAGGAUGGAAGGUGCACCAGUAAACAUUUCCAAUGACCAAUAAAAUCAUACAACAGUGUUUGUUAACAUUUAUUUAUCCUUGUUUAAAAUCAACAGGUAAUUUGAAAACUGUCUGACCAACAAAAUGUACAAUAAAAUUUUGAAAUACAA